GGUUGUUCACGAGGUUCUUCCUUUCAGCCAGCGCCGUCGCCGCGAGUGAGUGCGUGGCCUGGAUGGACUGGUGAAAUCUCUUCCAGUUUUAACCAAUUCAGUCAGUUUUGGGUUACACUAGUAUACCAGCAAGAUGCCGGCGUAUUUUCAGCGCCCAGAGAAUGCUCUGAAACGAGCGAACGAAUUUCUUGAGGUCGGCAAGAAGCAGCCAGCCUUGGAUGUUUUGUACGAUGUCAUCAAGAGUAAAAAACACCGAACAUGGCAGAAGAUCCACGAACCCAUUAUGCUCAAGUACCUGGAGCUGUGUGUCGACCUGCGCAAGAGUCACCUGGCCAAAGAGGGUCUCUACCAGUACAAGAACAUCUGCCAGCAGGUGAACAUCAAGUCUCUGGAAGAUGUAGUGCGGGCUUACCUGAAGCUGGCCGAGGAAAAGACCGAGACGGCGAAGGAAGAGUCGCAGCAGAUGGUGCUGGACAUCGAGGACCUGGAUAACAUCCAGACUCCAGAGAGUGUCCUGCUGAGUGCCGUGAGCGGAGAAGACACUCAGGAUCGUACUGAUCGCCUGCUGCUCACUCCUUGGGUCAAGUUCCUGUGGGAGUCUUACCGCCAGUGUCUGGACCUGCUGAGAAACAACUCCAAGGUGGAGCGUCUGUAUCAUGACAUCGCCCAGCAAGCUUUUAAGUUCUGCCUUCAGUACACCCGCAAGGCAGAAUUUCGCAAGUUGUGCGACAACUUGCGCAUGCAUCUGGGUCAGAUCCAGCGGCACCACAACCAGAGCACCGCCAUCAACCUGAACAACCCUGAGAGCCAGUCCAUGCACCUGGAAACCCGCCUGGUGCAGCUGGACAGCGCUAUUAGCAUGGAGCUCUGGCAGGAAGCGUUUAAGGCUGUAGAGGAUAUCCACGGCCUGUUUGCCCUUUCCAAGAAGCCCCCCAAACCCCAGCUCAUGGCCAACUACUACAACAAAGUUUCCACUGUCUUCUGGAAGUCUGGAAACGCCCUCUUCCAUGCCUGCACUCUCCACCGUCUCUAUCAUCUGUCGAGAGAAAUGCGUAAGAACCUGACCCAAGAUGAGAUGCAGAGGAUGUCCACCAGAGUCCUCCUGGCCACUCUGUCUAUCCCCAUCACCCCUGAGCGUACCGACAUCGCUCGGCUGCUGGACAUGGACGGCAUCAUCGUGGAGAAACACCGCAGGCUGGCCACCCUGCUGGGCCUGCAGUCUCCUCCAACUCGCCAGAGUCUCAUCAAUGACAUGGUGAGAUUUAACCUGCUGCAGUACAUCGUGCCCGAGGUGAAGGAGCUUUACAACUGGCUGGAGGUCGACUUCCAUCCUCUCAAGCUGAGUGGAAGAGUGACAAAGGUGUUGAACUGGGUGAGAGAUCAGGCUGAGAAAGAAGCUGAUCUGCAGCAGUAUGUCCCACACCUGCAGAGUAACACCAUCCUUAGACUCCUGCAGCAGGUUGCCCAGAUCUAUCAAAGCAUUGAGUUUAGCCGUUUGGCCUCCCUGGUUCCGUUUGUGGACGCCUUCCAGCUGGAGCGCUCCAUUGUUGAUGCUGCACGCCACUGUGAUCUGCAGGUUCGAAUCGACCACACGUCUCGAACCCUGAGCUUCGGUUCCGACCUGAACUAUUCCACCAAAGAGGAUUCUCCGGUUGGUCCGUUCCUGCAGAACAUGCCGUCUGAGCAGAUAAGGAACCAGCUGACCGCCAUGUCUGCCUCUUUAGCUAAAGCCAUCCAGGUCAUCAAACCUGCAACCAACCUGCAAGAGCGUGACGAACAUAAUCAGCAGGCUAUCGCUGCGUACCUGAAAAACGCUCGCAAGGAUCACCAGCGCAUCCUGGCCCGUAGACAGACCAUCGAAGAGCGAAAGGAGCGCCUGGAAAGCCUGAACAUCCAGCGAGAGAAGGAGGAGCUGGAGCAGCGAGAGGCUGAGCUGCAGAAGGUCCGCAAGGCCGAGGAGGAGCGUCUGCGGCAGGAGGCCAAAGAGCGGGAGAAGGAGCGCAUCAUGCAGGAGCACGAACAGAUCAAGAAGAAGACGGUCCGCGAACGGCUGGAGCAGAUCAAGAAAACUGAACUGGGAGCCAAAGCCUUCAAGGAUAUCGACAUCGAGGACCUGGAGGAGCUGGAUCCAGAUUUCAUCAUGGCUAAACAGGUGGAGCAGCUGGAGAAGGAGAAAAAGGAACUUCAGGAGCGUCUGAAGAACCAGGAGAAGAAGAUUGAUUACUUUGAGAGGGCAAAACGCCUGGAGGAGAUUCCUCUGAUCAAGAAAGCUUAUGAGGAGCAGCGUGUCAAAGACAUGGAGUUGUGGGAGCUCCAAGAGGAGGAGAGGAUCAAUAACUUGAAGAUCGAGCGUGAAAAGGCUCUGGAGCAUAAGAAGCGGAUGUCCAGGAUGAUGGAGGACAAGGAGAGCUUCCUGGCUAAAAUAACAGCCGCCCGCAGCUUCAUCUACGAGGAGAAAUUAAAGACAUUCGAGGAGCGUUUGGUUGAGGAGAGGAAAAAGCGCCUGGAAGAGAGGAAGAAGCAGCGCAAGGAAGACCGCCGUAACGCUUACUACCGCCAGAAGGAGGAGGAGGCUCAGCGCAUCCAUGAGGAGCAGCUCAAGAAGGAAUCCCAGAUUCUAUUGGAUGAGAAAGAGGAGGGAGGCUGGAGAAAGCGAACUGAAGGAGACUCAGAAUGGCGUCGUCCAGUUCCUGACAGGGACUGGAGACAGGAAGGCCGAGAGGACAACAAGGAGGAAAAAGAGGGACCCUUCAAGAGAGGGGAUGCUCCUCGCAGGGACGGCGAAGAAAGAGGACCUCGCCGAGGCUUUGAAGAUGACCGAGGUCCUCGCCGUGGAGGCGAUGAUGACCGUCCUCCUCGCAGAGGGAUGGAUGAUGACCGUCCUCCUCGCAGAGGGUUUGAUGAUGACAGAGCUCCCAGGAGAGGCGGAGACGACGACCGCGGACCUAGACGAGCCUUCGACGACGACCGUGGACCCAGACGAGCCUUCGACGACGACCGCGGACCCAGACGAGCCUUCGACGACGACCGCGGGCCCAGACGAGGCUUCGACGACGACCGUGGACCUAGACGCGGCUUUGACCGAGGCUUUGAUGACGACCGUGCUCCGAGACGUGGCUUUGAUGAUGACCGUGGACCUAGACGCGGCUUCGAUGAUGACAGAGGUCCUCGCAGGGGGCUUGAUGAGUCAAGGGGUUCCAGACGUGGGGCUGACGACGACUGGGGUCCUAGAAGAGACAUGGAUGAUGGCCCACGCCGUGGAGAUGACGCCAAACCAUGGAAACCCCUUGGCAGACCCGGUGGCUGGCGUGAGCGGGAGAAGGCCCGGGAGGAGAGCUGGGGUCCUCCCCGCGGCGGCGGCCAAGAUGAUGAAGAGGAAGGCGAUGGAGAUGAAAGGCCAUCUGAUCGCUUCAGAGACCGUCGGCCACAGAGAGAGGAGAACAUCUGGAGAAGAGGAGGCACAGAGGAAGGAAGCUGGAGGGAAUCUCGCAAAGAAGACGCUGACCGUGAUGAUCGUCGUAGCGACCGGAGGGAGCGAGACAGACGAGAUGAUCGCGAUAGCAAACCACCUAGGGAUACUGAUGAAGGCAGUACAUGGCGCCGCGGCGGCGAAGAAAGACGAGAGGAACGGGAGCGUCCCAGAGAGCGGGAGCGCGAAGCUGACGGGGAGAAGGCCUGGCGCACCGACAAGGAAAACCCUCGCCGCACCAAGAACGAGACGGACGACGAUGGUUGGACCACCGUCAGGCGCUAACAUCUACGACCAUGUGUCCAAGCGCUCCUGGCCAACAUAAUCCAAAUAUUAAACCAUAAGAAUAAUAAUCAUCCAGCAGGUCAAGGUUUGGAUUAACGCUCCUCGCCUCUAAUACUGGAUGAAAUACUUGUAGGCGGAUUUAUUUUCUUUUUUUUGUCUUCCUGUGAUCAUUCAGACAGGUUCCAUUUCCUCAUGAUCUUUUGUGCACAGCGGCCUCAUAACAAACAAUAGUCUAUAAACGUGUUAUUAGAGCUUCAGACGCUCCUGGGCUGAUGUUCAAUUCAAACCGUUUCACCAACUGCCUCUUAACUCUACAUGUUCAAACUCAGAUUAACAUCUAGCAACAGGAGCAGUUCUUUUCCUGACUUCUGCUCCUCAUGUCGAAGGAGGUGCUUCUUAAUCUGCUGGUGGAUUUUACAUCUUAAUUUGCAUGCUUCAGAUUAUUCAGAUUAUCUUAAUAUCCAGUGUGUGCUGCUGCAAUCAGUGGUUUCGUACCACUUUGCAUGUAUGCAUAGAAAUCCUAGAAAUAAUAAAGAUGUUUGC